CACACACACACACACACACACACACACACACACACACAGUUAUUCACGAACACUCACACUCUGUAGGAAACCAACCAUAAGUAGACCACGAGGAGACCGGACCAGACAGGAGGAAGUAUUUUUGCUACCUGGACUUACGUACAGGACGCCCAGACUGUCCCUUGGAUCUAUCAACCAUGACAACGGCUGUCCCCUUCCUCCUCUCCUUAGUCGUAGUCCUCACCAACGGUCAGUAUUACUACCAGGGUCUCAUGGAUUAUCUGGAGAACAGAUUCCUUGCCAUUGAGGAUCGUAUGCUCAUAUGGCACGAGCAGUCGAACCGCUACAACACAGAGCUGCGGCACUUCAAGAAGCAGACUGCUGAGUUUAUAAAGGGACUAAACCAGGACCACGGGACCCUGCGCCAAGACCUGGAGGGGACAGGGGUACGAGUGGACCGCGUCGAGAGAGAGAUGGACUACAUCGAAACCCAAAACCCCGCUAAGCCCUGUGUGAACCAGGCAGACAGAAUGGUGGAUGUGGACCUGGAGGUGAAGGAGCGGGUGAAGGAGAGAAAGAGAGGGGGAGAGGAAGAUGGGUACUCCAGAGUCUUGGAUUGUGUAGACAUCAUCUCCAGCAUCAGAGCCAUGAAGAUCCUGAAGAGGAUGGGCAGCCCCAAGGGCAUGUGGACUAAAGACGCCAGGACCUCUAAGGUCUACGUCUUCAACGGCACGGCAGAGGACACCGUGUACCAGUUCAGCUCUGUUCUAGACUUCUCGUCCUCCCCAGGAGUGGCCCACAGCAGGCCUAUAAGACUGCCCUCUCUGUGGAGUGGCACCGGAUGUGCCGUCUACAAUGGCUAUGCCUACUACGUGAUGGAGGGGGCCGACGAGCUCCAGGUGAUUAAGUAUGACCUGGCGAAUGGCACAUUGGCAGACAGUGCUGUGUUCCCAGUGGAGGUGGCAGACCAUAGACCCGUCUACAGCCUCAACCCAGAGACUGCUGUGGACCUGGCUGCCGAUGAGGAAGGCCUCUGGGCCCUUUACACCACCAGGGAGAGUGAGUCCAUCAACCUGGCUAAGAUGGACCCUGACAGCCUGGAUAUCGAGCAGAUGUGGGAUACACAGUGUCCCCAGGAGAACGCGGAGGCAGCCUUCGUGGUCUGUGGGACGGUCUAUGUGGUCUACAACACUAGGGUGCCUAGUCGUUCUCGUGUUCAGUGUGUGUUUGACGUAAACGAUGCGGUGACCAAUGAGGAGGCUCCGCUACUGUAUUUCCCCAGGAGGUAUGGACUCCACGCCAGCCUUAAGUACAACCCUCAGGAGAAACAGAUCUAUGCCUGGGACGACGGCUACCUGAUCCUUUACAAACUGUCCAUGACGAGGAAGCUAAUGGUUUAAGUGGAUGGACUAGUGGGCAUUUUAGUCAAAUAACAUUUUAGUCCGAGAAACGGACGGAAAACAUUCUAACAUGAAGACUAUCACUGGAGACAUAUAUUUGUUUUUUGACACCACUCACCCCACUGUCCAUACUGUAUACAUUGUCUCGACAGGAAAAUGUACCUCUGUAUUUUUUUACUUGAAAUAAUGCAUUGAAUUACUGUGCCCGUUACCAAACAUAUUAUUGCUACCCCAGUUUGAUAUAAAGUUGAUGUUGAAUGGAGCUCUGAAUUAGAUUGGAAUCGUAAUAUGUCCGCAACAACUGGAUUUAUUCGGGGCAGAGAUCAGAAACUGUGUAUAAUUGAAUGCCUUGAUGGAAUGUAUGGCCCAGCUCUCCUCAAGAUUUAAUUUGGCUAUUUGCAUUCCACUUGUUUUAGUUCAUCCAAUUUACUCUUCCCUGCUGCUUGCUCCCUUUGUUGUUCACUUUGACAUACGUAGUCGUGAAAGUGACAGUCUCCGGCUAAAGUUCAUCGGCACAAUCAGAGAAAAAUAUAAAGUCACAAAAACUUUACAGAGGAGAAAUCUUACAUGAAUAAAAAAAAUAUAAUAUUAUGUGUGCCACCAUAAUUCAUCAUACACGACCGUUCAAAAGUUUGGGGUCACUAAGAAAUGUCCUUGUUUUGGAAAGAAAAGCA